UCACUCUCAACUUGUCGCUUUGGUGUUAACGUCUAUUUGAUUUUUGUUUAUUCUCCUGUUUAAUUAACUAAUUACACCUUUUAUUUUAUAGUUAAUUAACUGUGUCUCACUUUGAUUGUUAGAACUACGAACGCUGAUCAAAUUGACAUUUGCUUUGUGAAAUUAUUCCUUCUAAUUCCAUAGUUAUGGGCAAUUCUUUUUUGGAAAUUUUUUCGCUUCUUAAAUUGUAACAUCACAAUCCUCAUCAUCGACAACAAUUAACUUAUAAUUAUGCUGAUUAUGGUCCUGUUUUAAUGUAUUUAGAUUUGGUUGAAGCCUUAAUGUUUUUUGGUUAAAAGAAGCUGGAAAAAUAAUCAACUUGGAACGUCCCGUUAAUUGGAUUAAAUUAAAUUAUUUCUAUCACAUUGUCACCAUAUUAUUCAUAAUAUUAUCAACUAUUAAAUCACCAUGAAUCAAGAGGAUAUUCACACCAACGGAGGAGGAAUUAAAAUCCAUCUCUACGAAGAUCCGGUUACAUUGAAUAUUCAAACACCGAAAUCACCGAACUCGGUUCCAUAUGAAGUUCCAUUCAUUCAUAGUCCAUCAGCGACCACCAUGAAUACGACAACAAUGAUCAUCACCUCUAAUGGUUGUGCCACUUUGGGUCAACGUAAAUCAAAAUCAUCUUCAAUUCCCCGUUUACGAUCAUCUAAAUCAACAUCAGCUCUCAACAAUAAUUCAAUUGAAUCGUCAACGGGUGAAACUGGUACUCGAACAUCACCAACAACAACAACAACAACUUUACUCGAAGAGAAUGAAAUUUAUCAAAUUGAACGAUUCUAUUUGGCCCAUAAGACAUUUGUAUACGUUUCCCGAUGUAUGGCUAAUCUUUAUUUCACCAAAACUGAUCUGAUCAACGAAGGACGAAUCUCUUCACCACGGUCACAUGAAUGGUCACUUGAGAGAACCGGUGUACCAUUGAUCAUCUUCGAUAAAGGGGAAACUCGAGCUCGAAGUAAACGACAAUUGAAAAUUUGUCUCGCGGAAAGAGGGACUGGUUUCAAUCUAUGGGGCGAUGUGAUCGACAAUCUAACCGAUUACAAAGCGGUCCACCCGUGUUUCCAUACGCUUUACUUAUCGUGUGACCAUCGGCAAAUGGCCGGACUUUCAUUUGAUUCCGCUGAUGCAGCCGCUGAUUUCCUUCGGAACAUUGAAUCGAUAACCUGUGACCCCUUGAACAUCGCCCUGUCAGCGCCCAAAAGAUUAAUGAGUAAAAAGGAAAAGUCAUCAAUCAAAUCAAAAGGAAAACGGGAACAAUUUAAAUUACCUCGAAAAGAGGACAUCUCAUCACCUUGUCUAUUCCAACAUGUGAUCAACGUGGACACCAAAGACUUUGAUCGUCUCUUUUCAAUCUCAUCACUGGUUCCUCAUCAUCGAGUGAAUCCAGAAUUACGGUCACUUCAUUCACUCAACACUUCCUCUUCCUCUUCAUCAUCCUCAUCAUCUUCUUCAUUUUCUUCAUCAUCAGUACCCGUUGUUCCUCCCUUUCUUUCAUCUCCAUCACCCGUUGCAUCAACAACAUCAAAUUCCUCCAUGACAACAAGUUCUUCAGAAAAUUCUUCCAAUUUUUCUGUUUAGAAAAAUCAACCAAAACAACAAUCUAUUAAUUGUCCAUCUCAUCAUCACCUGAACCAUCAUUUUCUCUUCAAGUGAAUUCCGUUUAAAGAUCAACAAUUAACUAAUUUUUUCGUCUUCUUUUCAAUGAUGAUCGAAGCUCAUUUUCUCCAUCCAUUUAUUAUCACCAAUUUAUCCAAGAAUUAAUCAAUUCCCAGAGAAAGAGCAACUUGACUUGGUUUUCAAUUUGAUUCUAUCAUGAUUUCAUCUGAAGUGAUCAACUCUGAUUACAAGUUGAUGGUCUCAAAUUGAAAUCAUCUACUUGAAACAAUUAAAUGAUAAAUCAAAUUGCUAAGGACAAGAUGAUGAACGAGAUUGUUUGUCUAUUUUUAGUGCCAAGUUACAAUUGUAAAAUGAUUACGAUAACUUUAUGGAUUAAUUAUCAAUCACCAAUUACUAUUUACAAAUCAACAUAAUACAAAGAGAAAGUGAAUCACUAAUUGUUCACAAUAAACUAAAUCAAAUAUAACAAUUGAGAAAGAAUGAGAUAAACACUGGAUUUAAACUGAUUCUGUAUUCAAACUCUGUAUUUUUCACCCUGUACAUUUAAAACUCAUCGUGAUGAUUUAACUUUUCUAAUUAACUAAUGAGAACAAUCAAUUUAUAUGUAUAUUUUUAACAUUUACAUUGUAAUUGCAUUAAUAUUAUUUUCACCAAUGGUUUUUAACAAAGAUAAAUUUGUUGCAGUUAAUCAAUAAAUAGUAAAUCUUUAAAAAAA